UAUUUUUCGAAAACCGUUGGAGCCUAAACCCCCAAAUUUAAAACUCACCCACCCAUCCCCUUUCCCUUCCGUUCCUCCACCGCUUCUUUCUUUUUCUUGUUUCCCACACUCCUUUGUUUUUUCCUUUUAUAUUUUUAUUCAUCGCCAUGGAUCUCUUCUGAAUCUCCCCCACAACAUUUCUUUGCUAUUUUCUAAUGGGGUGUUUUCUUGGGUGUUUUGGGAUUUCCACUAAAAGAAAGCGUCGAAAACCAGCCAACCGUAUUCUCCCUGGACCUGCUGAUUCAAACCUAGUUAGUUAUGAGCCCUUGGAUUCUUCUAUUAAUGUUGAUAUCCCAGAAGAUUCCAUUGUCUCAAAACCUCAGCUGAGUAAUAAGCCAAAGGAAAGAUCGAGUGUUAAAAUCAGGAAAAAAGUGAGCUUUAACUUGAAUGUUCAAACCUAUGAGCCGAUUCCAGAUGAAGAAACAACUACCUAUCAGUUUUUACAGAGUGUUGAAGAGGAAGAAAGAGAAAAGGUUAAUGGAGGAGAAGCCGCAAAACGUCGCUUGCCAUCUCUCUCUGAUGGGAUUUCAAGUUCAUUGCAGACGAGUUCUUAUCCUUGCAAUUAUAGAUACCAAAACUGUAGAGAUAGCUAUGAAGAAGAGGAUGAAAUGGUAUAUGAGGAAAGCGAUAUAGAAGAUGAUGAGUUUUUUUCUGAUGAAGAUGAUUAUGGUGAUGAUGAUGACAAACAUGUGGAUGAUCAAUUAGACUCUCUAAACAUGGAUUCAACAAAGGGAGCUUCUUUGGUUCGAUUGGAUGAUGACAGGUCCAAGAAUCAAAUGCCACUUGGUGGUUCAGCAGAUGGAAAUCUAAAGAGCAGAAGCCAAUAUCUGUGUUCAGUGUUGAAUCCGGUUGAAAACACGACACAAUGGAAAGAAAUCAAAGCGAGAGCAGCCGCAAAACCAAAGCAGAUGAGGAAGGAGAAUGUUGCAGCAGAGGGAGAAUUACAAGUACCCUUCAGUUCAGACCUGAGAUCCAACUGCUCAACAAAUUAUAAUCAGUCAAAGCCCCUACUGCAAGACAUAGCAGUCGAUGCUAGCCUCUCAAAUUGGUUGGUUUCACCAGUAAGUCCCAGAUAACAGGUAGCACCAAUAAUUGCAGCAUUGCAUUUGAUACCCUGCAAUCAAAGACAAACAUAUCGGAUGGCUUGUUCUCAAGGAGAAGUCGAGAAGAUAGGGUAAUCUUAGAUAUCACCAACCUCUAGUUUUCAAAGAUUACAAUAAUAGUAUCAAAAUCAAGCCUAUUUGAAUUCAAGUUCAUAUGCAAAGGCAGCAACAAGUUUAUGAUCCAAGGGUGUGUGAAAGUUUGGGUAUUGUGUGUUUGUUUGUUUUGUAUUGCAGUUUCUGAUUCUUUGAUUCAUUUGAGAUUGUUUGAUACGAUUUGGUAAUUUUGGUAGCCUCUUGGCUCCCAGUUUGUUCAUGCUUUACUGUCUUGUAUAAGGAUUGAACAAUUUGUUGAAGUCGAACCAUUUAAAGUCAGAAUCUCAUUGCUGUAAAAGAAUGUUCUCACAUUAUGUCUUUGCAAGGAAAUGACAGUAAAAGCAUUCACCUAUUA